AUGGGCUGGAUCUCGAGCCGAGUAAGUCUGUCCUUGACGGAAGGAGGAGCUGAAGUCGAAGGCCCGACUGAUGUGGAGGGUCCGACAGAGGAGGAAGGAUCUGCGAAAAACUCCUCUGCCAGGAAGUCAGGCCACUCCUCACCCUCACCUGGUACGUUCGCAGCCUCUGGCGCACUAGGAGCAAUGACUGGUGGUGGCCAGCCCUUCCAGAGGGAUAAGUUAGGGAUUAAUUAUCCCGUGACCGAAACCUUUCUCUCCUCCUCCCUUCUGCGCGCGACGGCGUUUCGGCUCGAGGAAGACGAAGCCGACGGAGCUAGGGCUCGACUCCGGCGGUCGACCAAGGCAAGGCUCCGUGGGUUCUUCACAUAUUCGAGCUCCCCUCGGCGAGGAGAGCGCGUGGACAGAGGAGUUGUCGGGAUUUCGAGCUCGCCAAAAGCCCUAGAAGCCUCCUUCUCGGUUGUAAGUCCAGGAAACCCAAGCUUUGAAGUUCAUGUUAGAGGAUGUUUAAGUAUGAAUUGUUUAGAGAUAAAGAGAUGUAGUGCCAGAAGAGGCUCCAGUGAUAGUGAUAAUGGGGACUUGGAUAAAAGGACUUGUAAGGAAAGAGUGCAGAUUGGAAGUCAUAACAGACAUGAUACUAGAGAGCACCGGCAUGGAAAUCAUGAAAAAGAGAAUAUAAAGGGGGAUUAAAUUGUUAAUGCUUUACUUCCUUGUAUGAUGUCUAAGAUCUAUAUAUAAAAGAUGUUACCAGAUGAUCUUGAUAAGCUUAGUAUGCAGAUUUUAGAUAAGCUUAGUAUGCAGAUUUUUGUUAAGCUUUGCAUGCAGAUUUAUGUUAAGCUUUGUAUAUAGAUUUUUGUUUAAACAUUUCAGUGUUAGAAUU